GAAACGAAUAAAGAAAGACGGAGGAACGGAGGAACGGCUGGAGUCCAAACACUCCAACCCAGAAGUCUAUCAACCAACAAAAUUGACAAGGCAGGCGCCAGACAGAUCAAUCUGCAAUUCCUAGAAAAGAAUCACCCAUACAACAAGAAGGAGAAGAAGAAGAAGUAGGAGUAGCGAAUCAAUCAGUCGGAUUUCGAUUCUAAUUUGGUGUGUUGAUGUUUUGAAGAACCGACCGUCUUCGUUCGUCAGUAAUCGUUAGAUCUCGAGCUUUUAGAGGGCGACAAUGCGUGGGGAUGUGAACGGAAGCACCACGGCGGCGGGGGCGCCCUCCAUGGGUAUGGCGGAGGCGCAGUACGUGAACGCCAAAACGUCGGUGUGGUGGGACAUAGAGAACUGCCAGGUCCCUAAAGGCUGCGAUGCCCACGCCAUCGCCCAGAACAUCAGUUCCGCCCUCGUGAACAUGAAUUAUUGUGGGCCCGUCUCCAUCUCCGCCUACGGCGACACCAACGGCAUCCCUACUUCUGUUCAGCACUCCCUCUCCAGCACCGGCAUCGGCCUUAACCACGUCCCCGCCGGUGUCAAAGAUGCAAGCGAUAAGAAGAUUCUAGUCGAUAUGUUGUUCUGGGCAGUAGAUAACCCUGCACCAGCAAACUACCUGCUUAUUUCUGGAGACAGGGAUUUCUCCAAUGCUCUACACCAGUUGCGCAUGAGAAGAUACAACAUUCUUCUGGCACAACCACAAAAAGCUUCUGCACCCCUCAUCGCUGCAGCAAAGAGUGUAUGGCUUUGGACAAGCCUCUCAGCUGGAGGGCCCCCACUUUCAAGCGGGGAAUCAUCUCAGCUUGCAAAUGGUAACAAUUCUUAUAACCCUGAAAUGUCGCAGCAUUCGAUGCCUGAAACAUUCCAUAUAAAUCCACCUCCAGUUUAUUAUGAACAUCCUUUGGGAAAUCAAAAGCCCUCUACCAACGGAAGGGUUGGUGAUACUAAAAACAAGGGGAAAUUCAAUCGGAAAAACCCAAAUCAACCCAACAUAUCAAAAGCCUCAAGUAUGCCAGUUAGGAACCAAGAUGACAAGAAUACUGAUUACUCUUACCAGUCAGAACAUGCACAGGCAAAGCAGUUUAAGAAAGCUCCACACGAAUUCUUUGGUUCUGGUGACACUCCAGUCUCCACUAGUAGGUCCACUCCCAAUUUCUUCCAUGGAAAUUCUGAUCCUUCAGGCAGUGAUGGCAAUAGUUUCCUAGGUCAACCAAACCAGUAUCCUCCUCCUCCUCAGCGGCCGAACAACUUCCACAUGCAACCGAAUUUUGGACCAGAUAGUAUGCUCCCUCCUAAUUCCCAUAGUUAUGGUUUACGACCUAUUCCUCCCAGACCUGGUGGCCCUAGAUUUUCUUCAUCCCCACCUACAAAUGUGCCUGAUAUGAGUAAGCUAAAUAUCUCUGAGUAUAACAAUUAUGCUCAAAAUCCACAAAGGUUCCCUCAUCGAAAUGGGGAAGAGUUUAGUAGGCCAAGGUCUAGCGAUUCACUGAAUUCAGCUAACUUAAAUGUGCCUCAUAAAGGCCAUAAUAUGCAGAAUGGCCAGGCGUUUCAUCAUGAUUCUAUGAACAACAGGUAUCCUCGUGGUUCCGAGUAUCGGCCUCCUCAAACCUCCCCUGCUGUUGGAAACAACAUACCUAGCAAUGGUACUUGGGGAGCUCAAGGCUGCACACCACCAUCUGAAUAUGUUCAAGGCCUUAUUGGUGUUAUUUUACUAGCUUUGAACACCCUGAAAGUUGAAAAAAUUAUGCCGACUGAAGCAAACAUUACCGAUUGCAUUCGUUAUGGUGAUCUGAAACACCGCAAUACCGAUGUAAGGAAGGCCUUGGAUUACGCAAUAGAGCAACAUAUGGUGGUCAAGCAGAGCCUGGGUGCAGUUCAGUUGUAUGUUGGUAAGAAAGAGAAAUUAUGGAAGUGUGUGAACCCUAUAGGGGGUAAUCUUAAUCAGUACUCUAAAGCAACAUGGGAACGAAUACAGAACUUUCUGAGUUCCUCAGAUGGACGAUCGGCAAUAAUGGCCUCUCAAUGCAGAUAUGAAGCAGCUAUUAUUUUGAGGAAAGCAUGCUCUGAAGAGCUUGCUUUGGGCAAUGUACUUCAGAUCUUGAAUAUGAUAGUCAGCAUGAAGAAAUGGAUCAUUCAUCAUCAAUCUGGAUGGCAACCGAUUACUUUUACCCUUGAAGAGACUAAAGCUGAAACGGCUGCUGAAAUUGGUACUUGAUGUAGUCAACAACACUCUAAAUGCAGAGGAGUGGCUUUAAGAUGGCUACAUCUGCAAAAUAUUAUCAGUUUAUCGGACUUUGAUCAACUGGGUUUACUUUUGAAACAAAAUACAGUUACUAGAAAACUAAGGGGGAUGGAGACCUUUACAUGUGAUCCAAAUAGGAUUAGAUGUCCUCCCCCCCCUCCCCCCACCCCCUCCACCUCACCAACUCCUUUUUUUUUAUUUCUUUUUCUUUUCCUCCGUCUUCCAUUUCUUUUUCUUAUGUCCUCUCUGGCUCUGUGGUGCUUGAGUAGCUUCUAAGGAAUAGGUAAAAAUGCUGCUAGCGCAAGACCUAUUAUGCUAUCAAAGUUCUUGCAAGCUGCCUUUUUUAGAAGUUGAUUGUACCUGCAUUAUGAGGCUUUUUGUCCAUUACAAAUCAAUGGAUCGUUCUUCCCCAAGUGACGAAAUACGUCAGGAACAGCAUCUGGAAGGGGUAGUGGUAAUAUCAUGUUUCAGCAUAUGUUUGCAUAUGCAAGAUUAUAUAGCUGUGGACAAGUUUCAGCAUGUUUUACACGGAUCAGGGAUUACAUGAUUAUGUUGUUCUGGACAUUAUUAUUCAACUGUCCGUGCGGAUGAGCUCCAUUGAAGACUAUUUCAUUAUCAGGUAUGUAAGACCAGUGAAUGUGGUUCUAUGUUGGUUCAAUGUAAGGCUUGGUAUUUUACUUGGUUGAUGCGAAGAACGUUGGCAGAGGAAAAGAUCGAAGCAACUUCAGACAUUGGAACGGCAAUUGAAAGUAUGCACAGAAGGAUGCCAAGGUCAGCCAUACCGUACCUGCAAUUGCAUGCACGUAGGAGGGAUGUGAUUUCUGGAACCUGGUAUGGCUAUAAUAGUAUAUGCUUGGAUGUUGCAGAGAACACAAAAUUUAGAUCAAGCUUUUCGUAUCCUAUGCGACACUGUUUGUUUUCAGUAUAUCUGGGAGAAUAUGGUUGUAUAAUAACACUAGUUUUUUAUUCAUCCUUUAUAUUUGUUGUCUACUACUGGAGCUUUCAUUCGUUGGGGUUCAGACUCAACCGUUCAAUUUGGAUUGCUCCUGGAACUCAACUGAGAAACGAUGCUGUGUUAAAUGUUUUCUGAGCUCCCCAUA